AGAUCAUCAUCCGUCAACUAAAGUAAACACACAAAACAGUUUCGGAACCGAAGUGUUUGUUGUUAUCCGCUCAGUAAACGUUUACUAGUGUUUACGCACGAUAUUCUCAGCGCUGUAAUUCUUGUGAAAUACUAGAGAAUGGCUCAUAUCCCAGCAACUUCCUUGGGUAGCAAAAGCAAGAAGCAUUUCUUGGGCGUUCCGGCACCACUUGGCUAUGUCGCCGGUGUAGGUCGUGGUGCAACAGGAUUCACAACCCGUUCUGAUAUUGGUCCUGCGAGGGAUGCCAACGAUGUAUCGGACGAUCGGCACGCUCCUCCAGCGGCGAAGCGGAAGAAAAAGGAAGAGGAGGAGGAAGACGACGAGGAUCUUAACGAUUCCAACUACGACGAAUUCAGCGGAUACAGUGGCUCACUGUUUUCCAAGGACCCUUACGACAAAGACGACGCCGAGGCUGACGCUAUUUACGAAAGCAUUGAUAAACGUAUGGAUGAAAAGCGAAAGGAGUACCGGGAAAAACGACUGAAAGAAGAUUUGGAACGGUAUCGCCAGGAGCGACCGAAAAUUCAACAGCAGUUUUCCGAUUUGAAACGUAGCUUGAUAACCGUCAGCGAAGACGAGUGGGCCAACUUGCCGGAGGUGGGAGAUAGUCGAAACAAGAAGCAGAGGAAUCCACGGGCGGAGAAAUUCACUCCAUUGCCGGAUAGUGUAUUGUCUCGAAACUUGGGAGGGGAAUCCACCACCUCCAUUGAUACUCGUUCGGGGCUGGCUUCGAUGAUUCCGGGUGUGGCGACACCGGGGAUGCUCACACCCAGUGGUGACCUCGAUCUGAGAAAGAUUGGUCAAGCUAGGAACACACUGAUGAAUGUUAAACUGUCACAGGUUUCGGAUUCCGUGACGGGACAGACUGUAGUCGAUCCGAAAGGUUAUUUGACCGAUCUUCAAAGUAUGAUUCCAACAUAUGGCGGAGAUAUUAAUGAUAUCAAGAAGGCCAGACUGUUGCUGAAGAGUGUGCGGGAAACUAAUCCCAAUCAUCCACCCGCGUGGAUUGCUAGUGCUCGUUUGGAAGAGGUCACCGGUAAAGUCCAGAUGGCGCGUAACUUGAUCAUGCGCGGAUGCGAAGUGAAUCCACUGAGUGAGGAUCUUUGGUUGGAAGCGGCGCGCUUACAGCCUCCGGAUACUGCAAAGGGCGUAAUCGCCCAGGCAGCAAGACACAUUCCAACUUCUGUUCGAAUCUGGAUUAAAGCCGCCGAUUUGGAGACAGAAACUAAAGCUAAGAGACGAGUUUUUCGCAAAGCAUUGGAACAUAUUCCGAACUCGGUCCGUCUCUGGAAGGCAGCUGUCGAGUUGGAAAAUCCUGAGGAUGCUAAGAUUCUUCUUUCGAGGGCAGUCGAAUGUUGCAAUACAAGUGUGGAAUUGUGGCUGGCGCUGGCGCGAUUGGAAACUUACGAAAAUGCUCGUAAAGUGUUGAAUAAGGCUCGUGAGAGCAUUCCUACGGAUCGACAGAUUUGGACCACGGCCGCUAAGCUGGAGGAAGCCAAUGGAAAUAAUCAUAUGGUGGAGAAGAUUAUCGAUCGAGCCAUGUCAUCUCUCAGCGCCAAUGGAGUUGAAAUCAAUCGAGAUCAGUGGCUGCAGGAGGCAAUGGAGGCGGAAAAGGCUGGGGCAAUCAAAUGUUGUCAGGCUAUUAUUAAAGCGGUGAUUAGCGUUGGCGUGGAGGAGGAAGAUCGCAAGCAAACGUGGAUCGAUGACGCUGAAAAUUGCGCCAAAGAUGGAGCGUUUGAGUGCGCCCGAGCCGUCUAUACAUUUGCUCUUUCGGAAUUUCCGUCGAAGAAAAGUAUUUGGCUACGCGCUGCAUACUUCGAGAAGAACCAUGGAACCCGCGAAAGUUUGGAAGCGAUUCUACAGAAGGCUGUUGCUCAUUGUCCGAAAUCGGAAGUGCUGUGGCUUAUGGGAGCCAAAUCAAAAUGGUUGGCUGGAGAUGUGCCGGCGGCUCGAGGGAUUCUAUCGCUGGCCUUCCAGGCCAAUCCCAAUUCGGAGGACAUUUGGCUCGCUGCUGUUAAGCUGGAGUCUGAGAACACAGAAUACGAGAGAGCCCGACGUUUGCUGGCCAAAGCGCGAGCUUCAGCCCCAACGCCGAGAGUGAUGAUGAAAUCGGCCAAACUUGAGUGGGCUUUGAAUAAUCUCGAUGCGGCCAUUAGUCUGCUGGACGACGCCGUGAAAGUCUUCCCCGACUACGCUAAACUUUGGAUGAUGAAGGGUCAGAUCGAGGAACAGGAAAAGCUAUUCGAGCGAGCCGUUGAAACGUACAACGCAGGUCUCAAGAAGUGUCCAAAUUCGAUUCCACUCUGGCUGCUGUUGUCAUCAUUGGAAGAACGGCGCAAUCUUCUCACCAAGGCACGAUCCGUGCUCGAGCGAGGUCGUUUGAAGAACCCCAAAAAUCCAACACUCUGGUUGGCUGCCGUAAGAAUUGAAAUUCGUGCCGGUUUGAAGGAUAUGGCGAACACCCUGAUGGCCCGAGCUCUGCAGGACUGUCCAAACGCUGGGGAACUAUGGGCGGAAUCUAUUUUCUUGGAGGCGCGCCCACAAAGGAAAACUAAAUCGGUGGACGCUCUGAAGAAGUGCGAGCAUGAUCCCCACGUGCUUCUGGCAGUGUCGAAAUUGUUCUGGAGCGAACGGAAGCUUCAAAAGUGUCGCGAUUGGUUCAAUAGAACUAUAAAAAUCGACCCGGAUUACGGCGAUGCAUGGGCAUAUUUCUAUAAAUUUGAAACACAACACGGAACGGAGCAACAACAGCAGGAACUAGUCGAGAGAUGUAUAGCGGCCGAACCGAAACACGGCGAAGAGUGGUGCCAGGUGAGCAAAGAUAUUGCCAACUGGUGCUUCAAAACGGAAGACGUUCUGCGGGCUGUGGUCAAGAUAUUACCGACGCCAAUAUAAUUAUAUACAUUUUUCUUCUCUCUUAUAAAUGAGCGUAGCUCUGAAUAGUUCUGCAUAACGAUUUAAUAUGGUCA